ACAAAGGUGUCUUCUCUUGUCUCCAGGGCAGCCAGCCCAGCCGAUGGGGACCCAGGAGGAUAAAGCACCGGCCGGCGGUGUAUAACAUCCCUGGGCUGAGCUGCGAAAUUCGAGGAGCGGGGGAGCUGUGGGGAGUGGGAGCCUCAGUGACGCAUCUACCCAGCAAGCAGGUCCUAGCCCUGCCGUGCACCCCAGCCACCAUCCAGGUGUGAUGGAAACCUUUUUUAGGCGGCAUUUCGGGAGGAAGGGGCAGCGACGCACCAGCGUGGUGGCCGUGCCCACGAGCAAGGCCAGGCGACGCUCGCAGGCAGGGCUGCCCUCCGCCUCCCUGGCCCAGCGCCGCCGUGGCUCAGGCACUCCGCCGCCAGCCCUCUCCUGCCUGGGCCAGCCCCGGCACCCCGGGCACCGCCGCCGCUCCAGCACGGCGCCGCCCUGCCUCAGCCCCCGCUUCGCCGUGCAGACUAAGCGCGGCGGCCGGGCACGGGCCAUCGACGCCCACCUGGUGGGUCCUUCCAUCCUCCUGGCCAGCCUCAUCCCCACCGGGGAGCAGGCAGAGGGGGCACCCCACGCCAACAGCUCCGCACCCGAGUCUCCAGAGGACGGUGGCUUCGAGGUGGCAGCGGGAGCCAAGCGGGGCGCGCAUGAGCGGUGGGCCGAGGAGCGGUGGCUGGCCAUGCUGCCCCGGCUGCGCCCGCUCCAGACCGGGCUGCUGUCCCGCCGUCCCCGCUGCCUGCGGCGUGCCUCCUCCCACCGCCUGCCCACGGAGUUCAUUUAUGGCCGAGCCGUCCACGGCUUGCCAGGCUGCUACCGCCGCCUCAGCCAGCGCCGCCGCUCCAGCGAUGCCCUCCGGUCCGGGCUGCUGCCCUCCGGCCACCUGCGGCUGGGGGCCCAGCGCUGCGCAGGGGCAGCUGCAGCCGAGUGCCCCUCUGCUGCCCUCCCUGAGUGCUUGGGACCGGAACCCACCCGUCACACCGCCCUGGACGGCUGGAGCCCCCGGCUGCUGAAAGCUAUUGCCAAGUCCAGCCUACAGCACAUGGUAGCCCAGCCAAACCCUGCACUGGCCUUGAGGAGUGACUCAGAGAGGCAGAUACGCAGCACUGUGGACUGGACUGAGACUGCAGUCUAUGGGGAGCACAUUUGGUUUGAGACCAACGUCUCUGGGGACUUCUGCUAUGUUGGGGAGCAGAACUGUAUGGCAAAGUUGCUGCAAAAGCCUCUCUCCAGGCGUAAAUGUGCAGCCUGCAAGAUCGUAGUGCACACACCCUGCAUCGAGCAGCUGGAGAAAAUAAAUUUCCGCUGCAAGCCUUCCUUCAGGGAGUCAGGAUCCCGGAACGUACGGGAGCCCAUCGUUGUCCGGCAUCACUGGGUGCACCGAAGGCGGCAGGAAGGGAAGUGCCGGCAGUGUGGAAAGGGUUUCCAGCAGAAGUUUGCCUUCCACAGUAAAGAGAUUGUAGCCAUCAGCUGUUCCUGGUGCAAGCAAGCGUAUCACAGCAAAGUGUCCUGUUUCAUGCUGCAACACAUCGAAGAGCCCUGCUCCCUGGGGGCUCAUGCCGCUGUUGUUGUUCCUCCCACUUGGAUUCUACGAGUCCGGCGGCCCCAGAAUCCACUGAAAUGUAGUAAGAAGAAGAAGAGAACGUCGUUCAAGCGGAAAUCCAGCAAAAAGGGAGCCGAGGAAGGGAGGUGGAAACCCUUUGUCAUCAAACCUAUGCCAGCUCCUCUCAUGAAGCCAUUGCUGGUGUUUGUGAACCCUAAGAGCGGUGGCAAUCAGGGAGCCAAGAUCAUCCAAUCCUUCAUGUGGUAUCUCAACCCACGGCAAGUGUUCGACCUCAGCCAGGGUGGACCCAAGGAGGCGCUGGAGCUGUACCGCAAGGUCCACAACCUCCGGAUCCUGGCAUGCGGGGGAGAUGGCACGGUGGGCUGGAUACUCUCCAUUCUGGACCAGUUACGUCUCAACCCACCUCCUCCUGUGGCCAUCCUGCCUUUGGGGACAGGGAAUGAUUUGGCCAGGACACUGAACUGGGGUGGGGGUUACACAGAUGAGCCUCUGUCCAAGAUCCUGUCGCACGUGGAAGAUGGGAAUAUUGUGCAGCUUGAUCGAUGGAACCUCCAUGUGGAGCCAAACCCUGAUGUGAACCCUGAGGAAAAGGAUGAGGCAGCCACUGACAAGCUCCCCUUGGAUGUCUUUAAUAACUACUUCAGCCUUGGCUUUGACGCACGGGUGACGCUGGAGUUCCAUGAAUCUCGAGAGGCCAACCCAGAGAAGUUCAACAGCCGUUUUCGGAAUAAAAUGUUCUACGCUGGGACGGCGUUCUCCGACUUCCUCACCGGGAGCUCCAAAGACUUGGCAAAGCACGUCAAGCUGGUUUGUGAUGGGGCAGACCUGACCUCCAAGAUUCAGGACCUGAAGCCUCAAUGUCUGGUCUUCCUCAACAUCCCCAGGUACUGUGCAGGCACCAUGCCCUGGGGCAACCCUGGAGAACACCAUGACUUUGAGCCACAGCGCCAUGAUGAUGGCUGCAUUGAAGUUAUUGGCUUCACCAUGACAUCCCUGGCUGCCUUGCAGGUCGGUGGCCACGGGGAGCGGCUGUGCCAGUGUCGACAAGUGGUACUCACCACAUCCAAAGCCAUCCCCAUGCAGGUAGAUGGAGAGCCCUGCAAACUGGCAGCUUCCUGCAUCCAUAUCUCCCUGCGCAACCAAGCCAACAUGGUGCAGAAGACCAAGCGGCGCAACUCUAUGCCUCUGCUUAACGACCAGCAGCCGGUGCCCGAGCGGCUGCGGAUCAGGGUGAGCCGAAUCAGCAUGCGUGACUAUGAGGCACUGCACUACGACAAGGAGAAGCUCAAGGAAGCCUCUGUGCCGCUGGGGAUCAUCGUGGUUCCAGGAGACAGCGAUCUGGAAUUGUGCCGGACACAAAUUGAGAGGCUGCAGGAGGAUUUCCCUCCACAGCUCUCUGCUUUAGAGCAUCUGCUCUUUCAGGAGGGAGACGGAGCCAAACCAAAGACAUUGUCAUCCCAGAAGCUGUCACCCAAGUGGUGCUUCCUGGACUCAACCACAGCCGAUCGGUUCUACAGGAUAGACCGUGCUCAGGAGCACCUCAACUAUGUGACAGAGAUCUCUCAGGAUGAGCUCUAUGUGUUGGACCCAGAGCUAGUGAUCACCCAGACUGUGGGCACCUCUCCUGCCAUGCCUGACCUGGUGGACUCUUCUGCCACACCCACUGAGCACCAUUUUGCAUUCCCAUCAUCUUCCUCCUCUUCCUCUCCUGCCCCCAGUACUGAGCCUGAAUGCUGCCCCCAAAACAAAGAUGACCUUCUGAUAGAAGCUGCCAAGAGUGGCAACUUCAGCAAGUUCCAGGAGCUGCACCAGGCUGGAAGAGACCUGAUGGUGCGAGAUGCCUUGGGUCAAACCGUCCUGCACCAUGCUGUCAAGUCAGGGAGCAAGGACAUCGUCAAGUACAUCAUCGAGAAUGCCCCCUCAGAAAUUCUUGAUGCCACGGAGGAGGAGAAUGGUGAAACCAGCUUGCACCAGGCUGCAGCCUUACGCCAGCGCACUAUCUGCCACUACAUCGUGGAGGCUGGGGCUUCCCUCAUGAAGACGGACCUGCAGGGAGACACCCCCAAGCACCGGGCUGAGAAGGCAAACGACCCUGACUUAGCUGCCUACCUCGAGAACCGACAGCACUACCAGAUGAUCCAGCGCGAGGACCAGGAGACAGCUGUGUAGUGCUCGGUGUGCCUUAGCCCAGGCCAGCUCGGGCAGGACGAGGACAAUUGCCAACUGGCAGAGCUGUGAAUCUGGCCCAGCCCUCCCUAGAUGUCAGCCUGGUUCCCCAGAGAUGGAGACAGCAGAGCUCUGCUCCAGGUUGAGGUGGGACUCUGUUUAUGAGGACAGUGGGUAUUUGGGGCUUUGAAGCCUGGAUCUUUGUGUGUGUCCCCUCUUUGCCCCUUAUCUACCAAGUUCCCUGACUUAGAUGGACUCCAUCCCACAACCUUGUUGGGCCAGGCCAAGAUGAAGUCCCCAGUCACCCUUGUGCACAGGAGUGAUGCCAGUGCCCCCUCCACAGGCUCCUACCUAUGACCCUUGUGGGAUAUUGUUGCUUGCUCCCUUCCUACAAGCAGUGCCCCUUCCUUAGAUGUUUGACUAGGUUCAUGUCCUGUUCCUCCUCUCCUGUCUGGCACAGUGCAGGAGGAACAGGCUGUAUGAGUAGACAGCAGAGGCUAUGAGCCUCAGACUUUGCCCCAAAGGAAGCACCAUGACUUACUGCCCCUGCCUCUUCCUCUCCUGUUGAUUUUGGGGCUGGCUCGGUUCUCUGUUGCCCUGCUAGGGCCUUCUGCAGGAGAGAAGUCCCUGAUGCAUCCAGCCUUUCUUUGGAGGCUGGGAACUGCUGCAUCUGGAAGCAGGGCAGCCACUGCCUUUAGUACUCAGCUAGUCAGAAAUCUGGUCCAGAGCAGGGAUGACAUGGAGAAAGGCUACCCAGCCCUCCCACCAUCCUUCUCUCUGCAGGCCUUGGUGGGGCAGCCUGCAUACCCAGUGUCUGCUGGGCAUCUCUUUGAGAGCCCACUGCAUCACGUAGCCAGGGUGGAGAGCUGCACUUGGCAUCACCCAAACAAGGUGUCAGGCUUUUCAGGGAAAACCUGGGAGCUCGCACAGCCCAUACACAAGCUCCCUGGGUAGGCCUCCAGCUUGCCCUCUCCAGUUUUAGCAGAAGGAGGGAUUUUGAUGCAUAGGAACUGUCAGGGGCCCCAGCCCUGAGCCAUGCCUGCAGUGGAAUGGCAUUUCACCUGCCGCCUGCCCUGGGCACAGGGUAUCACAACCAAUAGUUUCUGCUGAUGCUGUGGGUGCUGAGCAUCCACAGAAGCAUCAAGCAAGCCUUUCAACAAGGCUUUUGCAGAACUUCCUGUCUCUGGGACCAGGAGGUGCCAGCAGAAGCGGAGAGCUGAUGACUCUGAGCCUUGCAGACCUGCUUGGCACAUUUGGCUUUGGAUGCAAAGCCUGUUGCUGCUUGCAGCUUGGGCCCCAGGAGAGGAUGCUGCUGCCAUGUGGGGUCCGUGGGGUCCCACGUGCACUCACACCUGGCAGUGCCCACUGGAUAGUGUUGGGUGGCAUUGUUUUCAUCCCUCCUACUAUCAAUACCAAAAAAAAGAGUUUGAGGAUAGUGUAGAGAACUAGAAUACCCUUCAGGCUUUUUGGCCAGUGGGUAGAGUUCCCCCAGAGAACAGGGGAUACUCUGGUGGGGAGCAGAGGCACAGGGCAGUGCCAGGGGCCAGCAGCAACGCUGGCAGUUAAUGGCAGCAUCCCAGUACAUUAAGAACUGGGAUGCUCCAGCAGUGCCUGGAGUUCCCAUCAGCACUGCUUACAAGCCACUGACAGACAAGGUGCUUGUCGUCUUCUCAGAGGUCCAAACAGCUUCCCUGCCCCAGCCUAGCCCAGAGGCGUUUACAGCCCCAGCUUCCCCUUUUCUCCCUAGUUUGUAUCUUCCCUUGCAGUUUUUGUACAGGUAGUUGAGAGACACACUGUCCCCCUCCUCGCCUGGCCCCUCCGUGCACACAUGAGCUGAGUUGCUGUGCAAUUCCAAGCCUGGCUUGUACUCCGGUGAAGGCAGAGGGGGUGUUGGUUGCCCUGCCCGUGGAGGGCUCUGGGGUUCUGUGCAAUACCUGGGUCUGUGUUUCCUAGAUGCUGUUGUAGGACUGUAUUUUUGUAACUCUGUGAGGCUGCUGGCUCCAGCAGGCCCAGGGCCUGGUGCAAGCCUGCAUUCCCAUUGCUUUUCAACUUGGACUGGUUGGAUGUUGUUGUUUCUUGCCAUUGAAAUAAAGAGAUGGAUGUUUUA